AUGCCCGUUGACAUCGAAACCCUCCAGCCCGGCGAUGGCAAGACCUUCCCCAGCAACGGCCAGACCGUGUCCUGUCAUUACACCUUGACAUUGGAGGGAGGAAAGAAGAUCGAUUCCAGCCGUGACCGAGGAAAGCCUCUUUCCUUCAAGAUCGGGAAGGGAGAGGUGAUCAAGGGAUGGGAUCAAGGAGUUGCCAAGGUGAGGUUGGCUUAACUCUGUUUUGGAAACUCUUCCUGACAUAAGUACAACGUGAAAAAUAAAUCAAAAAAAAUUGUAUUUGCAGAUGUCCCUCGGUCAACGAGCCAAGCUCACGAUUAGUUCAGAUCUCGGCUAUGGCCCCAACGGGAUCCCCGGCACCAUUCCAGCCAACGCCACCUUGAUCUUCGACGUCGAAUUAGUGAAGAUCCAAUGA